AUGCAUGACUGCGUGGUCAACCUGCUUAACAACAACGACGAAGAGUCUUUAGCAUGUCUCUGCAGCCUGCUCACAUCAAUCGGCAAGGUCCUUGACAUAGAGGAGGCCAAGCCUCGGAUGGAUCGGUAUUUUUACAAAAUUAAAAAAAUCGUCAGAGAGGGGAAGACGUGCACUCGUAUACGGUCGAUGCUGCAGGAUGUUAUAGACCUGAGAUUGGACCCGAUCUGGAGGAGCCAAGAAAAGUGCAUCAGCCACUCCUCUCCAAAGAGACCCAGAGACAGCCAGAUCCAAGUGAGCAGAGGGAUCAGGGCCUACAGAGAGAGGAGCCGGGCAACACUGUGCCCAUGGAAAAGAACAGCAGGACCACCGACCCAAAGAAGGGCCCAAUGUUCUCCGAGUUUCAUCUCUGCGGGCCUCAACCGCUUCUCAGUGCUGCAAUCCAGCCCCUCACCUCAACCCUCCACUGCUCCUCCACAAAAAACUGAUUCUGACGCCAGGACAACUCUCGGAAGUCGCAGCACAGGCAGAAAGGGAAGAAAGCGUGGAAAGCGCGGUGACAAGCCGCUGAGCGCUGCGCCGCCACUGCCUCAGCCUGAACCGUUCACGAGUUCUAAGGAGCAGCUGGACAGUCCAGCCCAGGAGGACCCAGGAAAAGACUUGGACAAAGAAGGAGUCGUGCCACGGAUACCGAGUGACACCGAAGAGGAAUCUGAGCAAGAGCGCAGAGUCCCAGAGCCUGAGAAACCUGCGCUGUCUCAGGAGAAGCUUGUGCUGGAGGACAUCGCCAAUGAAGAGCAGACCUUCGAAUGUGUGAAGGAGAACCUGGAUGAAUCUAGGUUGAGCUUGUCUCCCUUCAUGAGGGAGUUGAUGUCAGCUGUUUGCGAGGCAGCAGCGAAAGAUGACACCAAGUGCCGAGUGGACAUGGCACGCUUGCAGAAGAGUUUGCCUGUAUUCAACUACCGCAACUCAGACACUGAGCAACAGCUGCAUGCGCUUCACUCCCUUCAGGCUCUGAUCGUCAUCCUUGAUCAGCCUCCGAACCUCCUCCGGAUUUUCUUUGAUUGCAUGUAUGACGGGGACGUCAUCUCCGAGGACCCGUUUUACUACUGGGGGACAAGCAGUAGACCCGAGCAGCUGGGUAAAGGCGUGGCCCUAGAGUCACUCACAGCAUUCUUCACCUGGCUGCGGGAGGCGGAUCAGGAGUCUCAAGAGAAUUGAUGUAACUUAAAAGAUGCAUGUGUUCUCUUUGAAUAAAA